UACAGUGGUCAGAAUAUGGGGGAUAUGGAUCCACACAUCUUUGCUGUGGCUGAAGAAGCAUAUAAACAGAUGGCCAGAGAUGAACGGAAUCAGUCAAUCAUUGUAAGUGGGGAAUCUGGAGCAGGAAAGACUGUCUCUGCUAAGUAUGCCAUGAGAUACUUUGCCACUGUAAGUGGUUCUGCCAGUGAAGCUAAUGUUGAAGAGAAAGUACUGGCUUCCAACCCUAUCAUGGAGUCCAUUGGAAAUGCCAAAACCACAAGGAAUGACAACAGUAGUCGUUUUGGGAAGUACAUUGAAAUUGGUUUCGAUAAGAGGUACCGAAUCAUUGGUGCUAACAUGAGAACUUACCUCUUAGAAAAAUCAAGAGUGGUAUUUCAGGCAGAAGAGGAGAGAAAUUAUCACAUUUUCUACCAGCUCUGUGCCUCUGCAGCAUUACCUGAGUUUAAAACACUGCGAUUAGGGAAUGCAAAUUACUUUCACUAUACGAAGCAAGGAGGUAGUCCAGUGAUUGACGGCAUUGAUGAUGCUAAGGAAAUGGUACACACCAGACAGGCCUGCAGUUUGCUAGGGAUUAAUGAUUCCCACCAGAUGGGAAUCUUUCGAAUCCUCGCUGGGAUCCUUCACCUGGGCAACGUGGGGUUUACCUCUCGGGAUGCUGACAGCUGCACGAUCCCCCACAAACAUGAACCCCUCACCAUCUUCUGUGACCUCAUGGGUGUGGAGUACCAAGAGAUGUCCCACUGGCUUUGCCAUAGGAAGCUUGCUACUGCCUCCGAGACCUACAUCAAACCAAUUUCCAAACUGCAGGCCAUCAAUGCCAGAGAUGCUCUUGCCAAACAUAUCUACGCUAAACUCUUUAACUGGAUUGUUGAUCAUGUGAACAAAGCUCUGCAUUCUACUGUAAAGCAGCAUUCUUUCAUUGGCGUAUUGGACAUUUACGGGUUCGAGACAUUUGAGAUAAACAGCUUUGAACAGUUUUGUAUAAACUAUGCCAAUGAAAAACUGCAGCAACAGUUCAAUAUGCAUGUCUUUAAGCUGGAACAGGAGGAGUAUAUGAAGGAACAAAUUCCAUGGACCUUGAUUGAUUUCUAUGACAAUCAGCCUUGUAUUAAUCUCAUAGAGGCCAAAUUGGGCAUCUUGGAUCUGCUAGAUGAGGAAUGUAAGAUGCCUAAAGGAUCAGAUGACUCUUGGGCCCAGAAAUUGUAUAAUACACAUUUGAAGAAAUGUGCACUCUUCGAAAAACCACGUAUGUCAAACAAAGCUUUUAUCAUACAACACUUUGCUGACAAGGUGGAAUAUCAGUGUGAAGGCUUUCUGGAAAAGAACAAAGACACAGUUUAUGAAGAACAAAUCAAGGUCCUAAAAUCAAGUAAGUUUAAGAUGCUGUCAGAGUUGUUUCGGGAUGAGGAGAAGGCCCUUAGUCCCACCUCAGCAACCCCUUCAGGUCGCACGCUGCUGUCUCGCACUGCUGUAAAACCCGCCAAGGCCAGACCAGGCCAAGCAAGCAAGGAACAUAAGAAAACUGUGGGACAUCAGUUUCGGAACUCUCUUCAUCUGCUGAUGGAAACCCUUAAUGCUACAACUCCACACUACGUGCGUUGUAUUAAGCCCAAUGACUUCAAGUUUCCAUUCACGUUUGAUGAAAAGCGGGCAGUUCAGCAGCUCAGAGCUUGUGGUGUUCUGGAAACUAUCCGGAUCAGUGCAGCUGGCUUCCCCUCAAGGUGGACGUAUCAAGAGUUCUUCAGCCGCUACCGUGUCCUGAUGAAGCAAAAAGAUGUCCUUAGUGACAGAAAGCAGACAUGCAAAAAUUUGUUGGAGAAGCUGAUUCUGGACAAGGAUAAGUACCAGUUUGGUAAGACAAAAAUAUUUUUUCGGGCUGGUCAAGUAGCCUAUCUGGAAAAAAUAAGAGCAGAUAAGCUGAGAGUUGCCUGCAUCCGCAUCCAGAAGACAAUCCGAGGGUGGCUGAUGCGAAAGAAGUACCUGCGCAUGAGGAAAGCAGCCAUCACCAUUCAGAGAUAUGUCAGAGGGUACCAGGCACGAUGCUAUGCCAAGUUCUUGCGAAGAACCAGGGCUGCCAUCCUAAUUCAGAAGUUCCAGCGCAUGUAUGUGGUUCGCAAAAGAUACCAUCUCAUGCGAGCUGCCACUAUUGUGCUUCAGUCACUUUUACGAGGUUACAUAGCAAGGAACAAAUACCAGAGGAUGCUUCGAGAGCACAAGGCCAUUAUUAUUCAGAAGCACGUGCGGGGCUGGCUGGCUCGUGUGCGCUACCGUAGGAGCUUGAAGGCAAUUGUGUACCUGCAAUGCUGCUACAGGCGUAUGAUGGCCAAGAGGGAACUGAAGAAGCUGAAGAUAGAGGCGCGCUCUGUGGAACGGUACAAGAAACUCAAUAUUGGGAUGGAGAACAAGAUCAUGCAGCUGCAGCGUAAAGUUGAUGAGCAGAACAAAGACUACAAAUCCCUGCUGGAGAAACUAACUAACCUGGAAACCACGUACAACACAGAGAACGAGAAGCUGCGGAGUGAUGUGGAAAGGCUUCGCAUGAGUGAGGAGGAGGCUAAGAAUGCUACGAACCGUGUGAACAUGCUCCAAGAGGAGAUCACCAAGCUUCGAAAGGAGCUGCACCAAACACAGUCUGAGAAGAAGACAAUUGAGGAAUGGGCAGACAAAUACAAACAGCAAACAGAGCAGUUGGUAUCAGAACUGAAAGAGCAAAACACAUCACUGAAAAAGGAAAAGGAGGAGCUGAAUCGUCGCAUCCAUGAUCAGGCCAAGGAGAUGACAGAGACCAUGGAGAAGAAGCUUGUUGAGGAAACGAAACAGCUGGAGCUAGAUCUGAAUGAUGAAAGGUUAAGGUAUCAGAAUCUGCUGAAUGAGUUCAGCCGCUUAGAGGAGCGCUAUGAGGAUCUCAAGGAUGAGGUGAAUCUGAUGGUGAGCAUCCCCAAGCCUGGGCACAAAAGAACGGAUUCCACACACAGCAGCAAUGAAUCUGAAUAUACAUUUAGUUCUGAGAUUACAGAGACAGAAGACUUACCACUGAGAAUGGAGGAGCCAAGUGAGAAAAAGGCACCGCUGGACAUGUCUCUGUUCCUCAAACUGCAGAAACGGGUUACAGAGCUGGAGCAGGAAAAGCAAUCCUUGCAGGAUGAACUGGACAGGAAGGAGGAACAGGCUCUCCGCACCAAGACUAGGGAGGAGGAAAGGCCCCCAAUGAGAGGCGCAGAACUAGAGUAUGAGUCACUUAAGCGUCAAGAACUUGAAUCUGAGAACAAGAAGCUGAAGAAUGAGCUGAAUGAGCUGCAGAAGGCUCUUUUGGAGAAGAGCUCUCCAGAGGUGACUGCUCCUGGUGCCCCUGCCUAUAGAGUCCUCCUGGAUCAGCUGACCUCAGUAAGUGAGGAACUGGAUGUACGCAAAGAAGAAGUCCUCAUCCUGAGGUCUCAGCUGGUGAGUCAGAAGGAGGCUAUUCAACCCAAGGAGGAUAAGAAUACUAUGACAGAUUCUACAAUCCUCUUGGAGGAUGUACAGAAGAUGAAAGACAAAGGAGAAAUAGCACAGGCAUAUAUUGGGCUAAAGGAAACAAACAGACAAUCUCUUCAGGACUAUCAUAUGUUGAAUGAGGAUGGAGAACUAUGGCUGGUUUAUGAAGGGUUAAAACAAACCAACAGGCUCCUAGAAUCUCAGCUUCAGUCCCAGAAGAAGAGUCACGACAAUGAGCUGGAAGCUCUCCGGGGUGAGAUUCAGAGUUUGAAGGAGGAGAAUAACCGCCAGCAGCAGCUUUUAGCACAGAACCUGCAGCUGCCCCCGGAGGCCCGGAUUGAGGCCAGUCUACAGCAUGAGAUCACCCGGCUGACUAAUGAAAACUUGUUUUAUGAGGAGUUAUAUGCAGAUGACCCCAUGAAGUAUCAGUCGUAUCGGAUUUCACUUUACAAACGGAUGAUUGAUUUAAUGGAGCAGCUUGAAAAGCAGGACAAGACAGUUCGCAAGCUGAAAAAGCAGCUGAAAGUGUUUGCUAAAAAGAUUGGUGAACUUGAAGUGGGCCAGAUGGAAAACAUUUCGCCUGGGCAAAUCAUUGAUGAACCCAUACGUCCAGUUAAUAUUCCACGGAAAGAAAAGGACUUCCAAGGAAUGUUAGACUAUAAGAAGGAUGAUGAGCCAAAACUGGUCAAGAAUCUUAUUUUAGAUCUGAAACCACGUGGUGUAGCAGUCAACCUGAUCCCAGGACUACCAGCAUAUAUAUUAUUCAUGUGUGUCCGCCAUGCUGAUUACCUUAAUGAUGAUCAAAAAGUGAGAUCAUUGCUGACUUCCACUAUUAAUGGCAUCAAAAAAGUAUUGAAGAAAAGAGGUGACGACUUUGAAACGGUCUCCUUCUGGCUAUCUAACACCUGCCGAUUUUUGCACUGUCUGAAGCAGUAUAGUGGAGAAGAGGGAUUUAUGAAGCACAACACACCUCGUCAGAAUGAACACUGCCUCACCAAUUUUGACUUGGCUGAAUACAGACAGGUAUUGAGUGACUUGGCUAUUCAGAUCUACCAGCAGCUCGUCAGAGUGUUAGAGAAUAUUCUGCAGCCAAUGAUUGUUUCAGGAAUGCUGGAGCAUGAAACUAUUCAAGGCGUCUCAGGGGUAAAGCCACCAGGGCUGCGAAAGAGAACGUCCAGUAUUGCUGAUGAAGGGACCUACACGCUGGACUCUAUCAUUAGACAGCUGAACACAUUCCACUCGGUAAUGUGUCAGCAUGGUAUGGAUCCGGAGUUGAUCAAGCAAGUUGUCAAGCAAACAUUCUACAUCACUGGGGCAGUAACCCUGAAUAACCUCCUCCUGCGCAAGGACAUGUGCUCCUGGAGCAAAGGGAUGCAGAUACGGUACAAUGUGAGUCAACUUGAAGAAUGGCUACGUGACAAAAAUUUGAUGAAUAGUGGGGCUAAAGAAACACUGGAGCCUCUCAUUCAGGCUGCACAGUUGUUGCAGGUGAAAAAGAAGACGGAUGAAGAUGCAGAAGCCAUUUGUUCAAUGUGCAAUGCUCUAACUACUGCACAGAUUGUAAAAGUUUUGAAUUUGUAUACUCCAGUUAAUGAGUUUGAAGAAAGGGUCUCAAUAUCAUUUAUACGUACGAUACAGAUGCGUUUACGAGACAGGAAAGACUCUCCUCAGCUGCUAAUGGAUGCUAAACACAUCUUUCCUGUUACUUUUCCAUUUAACCCAUCCUCCCUUGCAUUAGAAACCAUUCAAAUUCCAGCCAGCUUGGGCCUAGCAUUCAUCUCACGUGUCUGA